CUUGCCAAACACAAAUAGCCUGAGAUGUUCACGGUCAGAGUCGCGACACCUUCUCAGAGGCCGGACUCUGCGCAUUUCACUCGAAGUCACUUCUAUCUGUCUGCCUCUCUCUCUCUCUCUCUCUCUGCGCGAUGGCUUCCUCUCAGCACCGCCUCCAGCGACACUCAUCACCGUCAAAGCAACCCAAUUUGGGAUUCGCAGCUGUUCCAUCGGGCUUCACAAGCCCUAGGGUCACCGCCUCAAAAUCCGGCGACCGAAACCCUAAUUCCUCAUCUCUCCCUAUAAAACCCGCCCCGGAAGACGUUUACCUCUCCAAUUCCUCUCACCUCACUCGCGAGGAAGUCAUCCGGCGCCGCCUGCACAACCUCAACCAGCUCACUAAGGUCUACAGCACCCAUUAUUGGGCCAUGAUGGAAGAAAUUAGGGCAAAACACAGAGAGUACAUCUGGAAGUUUGGCCGCUCUCCGUUUAGGGUUGAGCAAGAGAAGGAAAAGGAGAAGGAAAAGGAAGUCUCGCACGACGCGGUUGAGGCGAACGCUCUGUGCGCCUUCCACGGCUGCUCGCUCAAGGCCAUGGCCCUUACGAGGUUCUGUCAUCUCCACAUUCUCUCGGACCCUAAGCAAGUCCUCUACAAGCCCUGCGAAUACGUCAUCAAGAGUGCACAGGCUGGACCAAUAACCUGUGGAAGGCCUAUAUUGCGGGCCAGGGUUCCCGCAUUUUGCAAUGUCCACCUUCAGAAAGCUCAGCGCUUGCUGAAGAAGGCAGGUCUCCAUGCCUCUUCAUCAAGCAAGGUUGCUCCAAGAUUCCAUGUCAUAGUAGCAGAAUGUGUGCACCAGAUUCAAGCCAAAAGAAGAGCUUCAUUGAAGGAAAAUGGAGACAGUGUUAUGGUUGAAGAAGAAAACUGUGACUGAGAACUUCAGGCUUGAUGCAGCACAUCAGUGUGGAGAAUUGUAAAGUGAUGUUUCUUGCCAUAAGAAAGAAAGGAGAUUUUUUGGGGUGAAUGGUGAGGGUCCUUGGAAGUAUGGAGUUUCAUGUGCUGAAGAUCCAAAUAUUUUUCGGUCAGGUGGCUGGGAGUUGCAUUUGAAGUAGCUGGAAAUCUGCAACUGAUGGCAAACUUUUAGUGCAACAUUGAGAAGGUGGCUGUCCUAUUUCUCCUCUGGUUUUAUGCCAAAAAACUGGGGUUUGUGAGUUUGAAUUCUUCCUUGAUAUCUUUCCUCUUCCAAAUAGAGGCUCCAAACUCAUGAAUCACGGCAGGGAGUUUGACAAGUAGAGCCAACAAAAGCAAACCCUGCACAUCAUUUGUUUCUUUUUAAACUGAUUCAAACAUGUGCGUUUUUGGCUCUUUCUAGCUAUGAUUUAUCAUUAUUAUUUUUCUUACGCACGGUAUGUUCAUCAAUUUCUAUUCAGGUUGAACAUCUGUAUGGUUCAGUUGUUCCUGAAGACCUAUAAACCCUCCAGGCAACUUAUAGAAUGUAGAAAUGCACUUGAGUUUGUUUCCCUCCCCCUAUUUUGUACCCUAAUCACUCCACACCGCAGAAUUGGUGAUGGAAGUACUUAAAAGAGACAACUCUCUUGAAGUGCAUGAAAUUAUAGCUAUGUUUGUCGCAUUUGACCAGGACUGUUGAGCUGCCUAAUCACGUUGCCUGACAUGAUGAUGUUGUAUGGUGUCAUUAGGGAAUCAUUCGAAGAAUGGUUUUUGACACGAAAGAGCCCAUGAGAUACAUUGUGAAAUGUGUUUUGCCUAAUCCCUAGACACAAUCGACAGCUGAGAAUGAGAGUUGUUACUGUAAGAAACGCCAACUACACAACAAUGCAAGGAAACAAUGCUUCGAAAAUUGCUUGCAGAGGAUCUUUAUGAUGUAUAAUAUGUUGUCUUUUCAUGGCAAGGUGGUCUUUUCUUUUGUGUAUUAUAUUCAAUGCAUCUGUUAACCGAGCUUGAUUUUGUGGAGUAUUUGUGCGUUUUGCUGUCAUGCUUCCUGGGGCAUGGUUGGUUGGGAUGAUGUUAGUAGACUUGGUGCUUGCCAAACAAUCAACUUGUAAUUGUGGAUCAAUUAUUUUUCCUGUUUGUGACUUAAAUGGAUGAUUGAGGUUGGAGUGUAGUUAAACAAUGCCUUCCCAUGUCUAAGUUCAUUGCUGCCUUUUUGGGAAAGCUUUUUAGUCUGUAACAGCACGUUUGGUUGAAGGAUAGCCUAAGAAGUAUUAUCUUGAUUGUGACAUUAUCCCUUGUUUAGUUUAACCCACUAUUCGGUUUUAUCUAAUCCUAGAAUAAAAUAACCAUUCGGGGUAUUAUAGACAGUUCAUUGCACGUGUAUGGGAGUUUAAAAUACUGCAAGAUUAUGGGUUUGAUUUUGCUAUUGUGCGAGAAUGUGCAAUCAAUUGUGAUGAAUUUGUCUAUUUGAGAGGUCACAUUUUUUGAGUUUUGAUUUGCGGCAAAUUUGUUUGUUCUCAAGAUCGUUAAACACGGGGAUUGUGAGUUUUAGAGGAUGAGGAGGGUAAGUUGGUAAAGAGAUUUUUUGAGUUUUUCACAUUUUAUAAUAAAAAAUAAAAAUAAUCUCAUUGGGUUUCACUCACUCCACGACUGGAAUAUUGUUUUGAGGCAAAUAGUGGUUUAAUGAUUAAUUUAGGCAAGUAGGGGUAAUUUUGUCUCUUGACAGUUAAUAUUAAGCAACACAUUUAAAUUUUUACAUAUUAAUAGUUUAUAUUUUAUUUAUAAAAUAUAAAACAAUAUUAAA